CUCCAUUCUUUCGCCGUCCGUCGCAGUACUUUGAAACAGCCACGGAACAGAAGCUUGAGAGCAGAAUCUAUACUUAAUUCCAUCUCAGCACAUUCUUUAAUAAUACUUCAAGACCAUCUUCAAAAGACAAAUUCAAUUCGAACUCUAUCCAGCUCAACCGAUCAGGCCUAUUUUAUAUACAUUGCCGAUUGAUUGGAGACUUGUGAAUCUUUUUCUUUGCCAAACUACUUUGCCUUAAAUAUCUGCAAUAAUGCGUGAAUGUAUCUCUGUCCACGUUGGCCAAGCCGGAUGUCAGAUUGGCAACGCAUGCUGGGAGUUGUACUGCCUGGAGCACGGCAUCCAGCCUGAUGGCUAUCUACCAUCUGAGAAAACCACUUCGAAGGCGAGCGAUGAGGCCUUCAAUACUUUCUUCAGUGAGACGGGAGCUGGCAAACAUGUUCCUCGGGCCAUCUUCGUCGACCUCGAGCCGACGGUCAUCGACGAAAUCCGCGCCGGUACCUACCGUCAGCUCUUCCACCCUGAGCAGCUGAUCACCGGCAAGGAGGAUGCUGCCAACAACUACGCCCGUGGUCACUACACGGUCGGCAAGGAGAUCGUCGACCAGGUCUUGGAUAAGAUCAGAAAGUUGGCUGACCAGUGUACAGGUCUCCAGGGAUUCCUCAUCUUCCACAGCUUCGGCGGCGGCACCGGCUCGGGGUUCACCUCGCUGCUCAUGGAGCGUCUCUCUGUCGACUACGGAAAGAAGUCCAAGCUUGAGUUCGCCAUCUACCCAGCGCCCCAGGUAUCUACUGCCGUGGUCGAGCCCUACAACGCUGUCCUCACCACCCACACCACCCUCGAGCACUCCGACUGUGCCUUCAUGGUCGACAACGAGGCCAUAUACGAUAUCUGCCGUCGUAACCUCGACAUCGAGCGUCCUUCCUACACCAACCUGAACCGUCUCAUCGGCCAGAUCGUCUCCUCCAUCACCGCCUCUCUGCGAUUCGACGGCGCCCUCAAUGUUGACCUAACAGAGUUCCAGACCAACUUGGUGCCUUACCCAAGGAUUCAUUUCCCUCUAGCUACGUAUGCUCCCGUCAUCUCUGCAGAGAAGGCCUUCCACGAGCAGCUGAGCGUUUCCGAGAUCACUAACUCUCUGUUCGAGCCCGUCAACCAGAUGGUGAAGUGCGAUCCCCGUCACGGCAAAUACAUGGCCUGCUGUCUCCUCUACCGUGGUGAUGUCGUCCCCAAGGACGUCAACGCCGCCAUCGCUCACAUCAAGACCAAACGUUCCAUUCAGUUCGUGGACUGGUGCCCAACUGGCUUCAAGGUCGGUAUCAACUACCAGCCACCUACUGUCGUGCCCGGCGGCGACUUGGCCAAGGUCCAGCGUGCCGUCUGCAUGUUGAGCAACACAACUGCCAUCGCCGAGGCCUGGGCCCGUCUCGAUCACAAGUUCGAUCUGAUGUACUCCAAGCGCGCUUUCGUCCAUUGGUACGUCGGAGAGGGUAUGGAGGAAGGAGAGUUCUCCGAGGCUCGUGAGGAUUUGGCUGCUCUUGAGAAGGACUACGAAGAAGUUGGUGUUGACUCAGUCGAUGAAGCCGAUGAAGAAGAACACGACGAGUACUAACUUCACUGGAAGAAAUGUUAAAGACGGUGCUACAAAUAACUCUCUGUGUGAGCAAACUGUACCUGAAAUUUAGAUCAAGAACUCGUGGGCCUAUAGUACUGUUGAACCUCGUUACAUCCAACUUCUUGGAGCCUAAGGCCUCGUUACACUAAACUCUUGUUACAAUGAAACCUUGCUAUAUCGGGCUUUAAAAGAAAAAGAAUUGAAUUAAUUGGGACUGGCGUAAUUACCUUGUUAUAAUGAGAAUUUGCUGUAAAACAGUGGUCUUUAUAAAUGGGUUCCACUGUUUGUAAUGUGGUGCUGCUCAGUACUGGCAUGACAAAGUAAAUUUGCACGGAUUUAGCCGUGUAUGUCCAAACAAACGACUAUUUUGAUUUUGCCUCAAUGAAAAAAGUUAAUGGUACUGAUAUAGCAAUCAUAUUUUCAACAGGAAAACAUUAUGAUUCUUAGUCUAGCAAAGAGAUUCAAACUAAUUCCUCAACGGAAAUGCGGCCAAUUUCCCGUAGUAAAUGUAAGCAGGAAAUCAACCGAUUUUGAAAAGGCAAGAAGUGUUUAUCCUUUCAUUGAAAAAAACAACACCUACAUUCAACUUAACAUUGAGCAAAAGCUGAACAAAUUGUGACUUCUUUUAGUGAUAACACAUGAACUAGUAAAUAGCCAAAUAUCGGUUUCAUUCGAUAAGUUUAUACACAAAGAAUUCGAUUCGCAGAAACAUUCACUUUUGAGUAUAAAUUUGACUGUUUCUUUAAUAAAUAUAUAACAGCUAUGCUAUCGACACUAAACAGGCUGGUCUUCAAUAGUCCACGUUGUAUACUUGGUG